CAGGAAGGGCUUUGUGGACGGCCGUACUGCCCGACUUCCCACGGUCAUCGUGCGGCCAGGCCGGCCAAAUGCCGCGACGACGAGUUGCUUCUCAGGAGUCAUCCGAGAACCUCUGCAAGGGGAGGAUGCGAUUCUCCCAGUGGCAAGGACGCUGCCUCACUCGGUAACGAGCACGCGUGCGCUGAUCUACAACCUGGUAACCCUGCACAAUGCGGCGUGGCCACCAACAUUGGCAGACCGCUCGGCAAAUCUGCCGUCGAGGCCUUGCACGCUGCAGCAGCUCGUUGAUGCGCUUUAUGAAGUCGUGCCAGAGGAGGAGCAUUCGAAGCUUGGGAAGAUCAUCGACAAGGAAGACAAGUUUCUCUCCCGCGUGGUGGGCAGCAUGGGCUCCAAUCUCUCCUAUGAGCGUGCUCGGGAGCUGAAGAUGGUCCCUGUCCCAGAGUUGAAGACGGUGAUUGAGGAGUUUCUCGAGGACUUCGGCGAGAAGUCAGUCGUUUCACGUAAGCGCCGGAAGACGUCGUGA